UUGUCUCCCGUUGCCAAUUAUCUCCCGACCAAUCGGCAACAAAUAAAUGCAAUAAAAGGCGUUUCCUUUCCUGCGUUUGAGAAUGUGAAAGCCCCCACCCCCCUUUGAGAGGCUGCAAGUUUGAAGAGGAGACGCGGGUGGCUGGGUUCACUUCAUUCUUGCCCCUGCUUGUGCAGAAGUGAAUGAGAACUCAAAGACACGCACACAUGAGAAAUUCUAAUGUAACGUUUUUGGAAAAGGCUGUUUGUCAUCUCUGUGGAAAGCUCUCUCACUCAAGCUGUUGGGAACCUGAGGUCUGCCCGGGCUGACAGGAUUUACGGGACGAAGUUUGCCUCGACACCCAGCGAACCCGCUCGCGGGGAGGAACGGAAGUGUUGACGGCAGUUGGUCUUUCAUCACCUGCGGGUCCCCGCGGGACUUUUUCGCAACGCUUUCGCCCCCGGAAAUGGUCGGCAGGUUGAACUUGCCAAAUGUUUGCGAAGGAGACCCUCUGGACAUGAACAGCAGCAGGGCUGACAGAGGACUGGACAGCCCGGACUCCGGGCUGCCCCCCAGCCCGAGCCCCAGCGCGUGGCUGCAGCCCGCGUGCGCCGAGAGACCCGGGGCUCCGGUCCCGGGCUCCGAGGACGAGGCAAGGGGCUCCGUGAUUCCAGUUUCACCUGCUGGAUGCGUUCCACAGCUGCAGCCACUGUCCUACGGGGAAGGCAUAGCACUUGAUCCUUUACCCUCAAAGGAACUCAGAUACACGGCCUCCGUGCACUACGACUCUGACCGUCACUUCAUCCAGGACGUGGACCUUUGGCCGUGGGGCCAGGGCCUGGAACGCUGCGCGCAGACCGUGGUGGCCGUGUCCCACAGCAGCUGGCGCAGCUACAAGACGCAGCUGGAUUUCCAGCCCCGGCUUCGCCCCCGGUGCUUCAAGAGCACCACCAUCGUUUACCCGAAGAGGACCAGCACGGUCUACACCACGGAGCUGAGCUACGACUCCCAUCGACUGUCCAAGCGUUUCCUGUCCAGCGUGGAGCUGGAGGCGGCCGGCAGCAAGAGGUUGCCUCUAUGAGAGUGGAAUGAAAGGGAAGGGGGGGCAUUUCCAGUACCCCUGUGUUGAUUUAUGCUUAAGGUUGCACUGAAGCCGGGUUGGGCUCUUUGGUCAAUUCCCACAUGUUAAUAGGCUAGUUUGUUUUUAUUCAUUGAUGUUUUUUUCCCUCCAUCCACUGACAUGGGUUCACCUCGAGCUGACACUCAUCACAGGUUGAAAUUGUCAUUCUCCUAAGUCUCUUGACACAUUAUUGAAAGAUGCUUUUGAUUGUAGGAGAGGCCAACGGUGCCCAAGAUGAUGCUGCAGCAUCCGUCUUCUACUAGCACUGACCUGUUUGUAGUUUGUGUCUUUUGUUUUUAGUUGAGUAGCUUGCUAUUGAAAAAAAUCCAUACCAAGCCUUUGAUGGGAAGCAUCUGUACUGCGAUCACGGUGAGGCUAUUGGGGAAUUCCAUAGAGAUUCUUUAUCUAUAUAUUUUCUUUAUAUUUAUGGCACAGUGUAUACAUUUUUAUUUUAAAAAAUGUAAUUCUAUUUCACCCUUUAUUUUCAGCUUGUUGAAGUCUACUAAUAUCAAUGGAGAGAGAGAGGAAUCAAAGUAGAAACAAAGUCUAGUUUGAGUGAAGUUACUGUUUUUAAUUAUUUUAAGACUGGCUUAUUUAGCUCAUGUUUUUUUAUAAGGCGAUGGCAGUGGGUGUGCAAUUGAUCAGGUUACCUGGGUUUUAAUUAACUUUGAAAUGGUUUAUCAGCACUGUGAAAGGUUUUUCCACUUUUUCUUUUCACAGGGUUUGUGUGCCUGUUCACACCAUAAUGCAGUUAAAGCUCUUUACAAGCGUUCUUUCUAACCUAUGAUUGGAAAUUUAUAAUUGGAGUUGCAUGAUAAAUGGGUAACCUUAAGUGUGUAACCUUUUUUUUUUUUUUUAAUGGUUAAUGCAGAUGGCUCUGAGAGGAGUUUAUUGAGAAGUUGAUCAACAGCUGACAGCAUUCCACUGCUAUAUUUAUGGCAUGACUUGGAUUUAAUUUUUAUUUAUUCUCUUUGAAGUUUGGGGUUCUGAGAUCUGUUGCAGCUCAUUAACCGUUCUCCCCCCAAGGUGAUGGUGGGGGAUAUUUUCUAGGACUAAUUGAUAUGUUCGUACACUCAAUGAAUAUUAAUCUCCAUUUUUUUUGUGCUUUUUAAAUAAAAGUAAUUUGUUCAAUAUGUGUAAGGUCUUUACUUUUUUCCCUCGUCUGCGUUUGGAAAAGGGGAGGGGGUGUGAAUUGCAUGGUUUGCCAAGGAGUGGCAGGGUCAACCAACAAAAGAGAAGACUCACCACGUUUGCUUUUGAGGGUUCUGUUUCUCUCAGGAGGACCAUGUCCUCAAAUCU